GCGAUGGUGCAGCCGGGAUAACAGUCACGUCUGGCAUGGUUUGUUAGUUACAAUUUGUCGCUGACUUAUAUGUUCAUCAUUCCAUUCAACCAUGAAUAGAACGCAGCUGAAGCGUUCUGGUAUUUUAAGGAUGGCCGGCAAGGAAAUUGUGGACCAAGACGGACUCGAAGAGACCUUCACUUUCCGGGCUGUGAGGAUAGCAGCUGUGGUAACUUUGUACUGGUUCGUCUCCAUAACAAUGGUGUUCCUCAAUAAUCAUCUUCUGGACAACCGCGAUCUGGACGCACCGCUGUUUGUGACGUUCUAUCAGUGCAUGGUGACUGUGGGACUCUGCUGGAUCAUGCAGUUGUUGUCUGUUCUGUGCCCGCGAUUGAUUGACUUCCCGUCGGUCAAAUUCGACGUGAAGACAUCUCGGGAAGUUAUGCCACUGUCGGUCGUCUUCGUCGGCAUGAUCAUCUUCAACAACCUGUGCCUGAAACAUGUCGGAGUUGCCUUCUACACCGUGGGACGUUCCCUCACCACAGUCUUCAAUGUAUUGAUGACGUAUGUGAUCCUGAAACAGACCACUUCCUUCAAUGCCAUAUUGUGCUGUGGUAUAAUUCUAGGUGGAUUCUGGCUUGGUGUGGACCAGGAGGGCAUAGCAGGCUCCCUUUCCUGGUCAGGUGUUUUCUUUGGAGUGUUCGCUAGUGCCUGUGUAUCGCUCAAUGCCAUCUACACUAAAAAGACAAUGCUUGCGGUUGAUGAAAAUAUCUGGAAACUGUCCUACUACAACAAUGUCAACGCUUGCAUUCUCUUCCUCCCACUUAUUCUUCUUUCUGGAGAGAUGGACCGUGUCGCCAGUUUUAGUCGCCUCAGUGAUAUGAGUUUUUGGGGCAUGAUGACACUUGGUGGAGUGUUCGGUUUUGCCAUUGGUUAUGUCACAGGCCUCGAGAUCAAGUAUACGAGUCCACUGACACAUAAUGUCUCAGGGACAGCAAAGGCCUGUGCUCAGACUGUUAUUGCAGUGGUGUACAACUCUUCUAGUAAAAGCUUUCUGUGGUGGACCAGCAACAUGUUGGUUCUUGGCGGUUCUUCAGCCUACACAUGGGUCAAAAGUCAAGAAAUGAAGAGGACUCCCACCAAGCAGCCUCAGGAUUCCACCAAUGAAAAACUUCUCGGGGAAAAAAGCAACAUGGGGGUGUAAAACCCCCGUUUUAUAAAAUAAUAGUUUUAUUAGCAUACAUGACUUGAAUUUUUUCAGUGAUCUGGGGGAGAACUGAGGUUUAUGUUGUGGGUUUUAUAGAGAUUAUAUUAUGGAGUUACAUUUUUGCCAAAUCCUCACAAACACGCAAAACAUGUUUUACUCACGCCUAAUGUUUCACAGACUCAGUGUGGUUUGCAAAUACAAAACAUCGUUCAUAAACUAAUGCAUUUUGUUUUGCAUAUAAGAAAUGCACCUUUAGAAACAAAUACAGCAUGUUUUACAUAUACAAAGGAACAUAGUUCUUCAAUUAGCCAGUAUCAGAGUCGUUCAUACCCAACUACAGGGAGCUACACUUCCCUUUGAUCGGAGGUGCUAAUGUGAGGACAACUCCUCCCAGUCUUAGUGUAAGGAACCAAUAGGAGGAGGGUGUUGGCACACCGAUUCCGCCCACUCUGACUGUAUUUAAGGCCUAGGCUACCAGCACUUGUUAGUUCGCUGACAAAGCUCUUCGGAUGAGGAGCGAAACGUCCGACACCUUCUUUACAGAAGUACAGAUGACGUCUCAAGAAGCCUUUCCCUUGAUGUUUAGUGUUUGUGAGAUUUUGGCAUAAUUUUAACUCUGUAUUAUACCAUGUCUUUUAUAUAUAUGUAUGUGAUUCAAUUUACCAGUGGUUGUGUUACACUGUACAAUUAAUUAUACAAUGACCACAAUAUUUUUAAUGUGUAUUUUUAAUGUUUAUAUUUUUACAGAGUUAGGUAAUUCAAUACUAUUUCAUAUGUUACCUGUUGGGUUCUGUGUUGUUGGAAAACAGUCUUUAUUAUACUUUCCACACAUUACAUUGAACAAUUGCACCCUCAUUCACCAUAGCAGUAGCCUUGUAUAUUGACGGUUUGGAUUAUCACCACUUAAAAUAGUAAAAUAUCUGUACAGUACAGAGCAAAAUCAAUACUCAUGAGGUUGUGUGAAAGAAAAUAUUCAGUAAGGCUUAAUGAUUAUUUAUUGAUUUUGUAAGUUCCCAAAGUUGUAUUCCAUGAUUAAUCAGCAAAAUAUGUGAAUGACUGGUGAAUUAAACAUGCCAUUUUGGUGUAGAAUGAGUUUUGAGUUUUGAU